AUGGACCCGUCGGAGGAGGCCCCAUCGGAGGCGGAUACGCCGGAGCCGGACCUAUCGGAGGAGGACCCAUCGGAGGAGGAGCUGGAUACGCCGGAGCCGGACCUAUCGGAGGAGGACCCAUCGGAGGAGCCGGUGGAUACGCCGGAGCCGCUUCUGCCCCCAGCUUCGGAGGAGCCGCCCCCAGCUAUGGAGCUGCUGCUCCCGCUGCCGGAUACGGACAGGCCCCCGCCCAGCAGGCCCCCGUUCAGCAGGUCCAGCAAGUUCAACAAGUCCAGCAGCAGACCGCCGCCCAAGUCGACUCUGCCCCCCCAACAGGUCGCCGUUGAGCAGCAGCAGCCGCAGACCGGAGGAUACCAGCAGGAUGCCCCUGUUGAGCAACAGCCCGCUGCCGCCGAGCAGAGCUAUGGAGAGCAAAAGACCGAGGCCGUCGCCGCCCCGGCUGCCGCCUCCUCCGAGUACCAGCACCGCAUCCUG